AUGGGAACCGACAACCAGACUUGGGUGAAAGGCUUUAUUCUUCUCGGGCUGUCUAAGGACUGGAACACGCAGCUCUCUCUCUUUAUUUUGUUCUUGAUCACAUACCUGGUGACAGUGCUGGGCAACUUCCUCAUUGUUUUUCUGAUCAGACUGGACAGCCAGCUCCACACCCCUAUGUAUUUCUUUCUUACCAAUCUUUCCCUCGUUGAUGUCUUUUAUGCCACAACUGUUGUUCCUCAGAUGUUGGUGCAUUUUCUUGCAGAACAUAAAAUAAUUCCACGUGUGAGCUGUGAAGCUCAGUUAUUUUUCUCCCUGGGUUUGGGUGGGAUUGAGUUUGUUUUAUUGGCAGUGAUGGCUUAUGACCGCUACGUAGCUGUGUGUAAUCCAUUGCGGUACUCGGUCAUAAUGCAUGAAGGACUGUGUAUUAGAUUGGCCAUCAUCUCCUGGGUCAGUGGCUCUAUCAAUUCUCUCCUGCAGACAGCCAUCACCUUUCAAUUGCCCAUGUGCACAAACAGGUUUAUUGAUCACAUAUCCUGUGAACUACUAGCUGUGGUCAGGCUGGCCUGUGUGGACACUUCCUCCAAUGAGGUUGCAAUCAUGGUUUCCAGUAUCAUCCUUCUGAUGACACCUUUCUGCCUGGUCAUCCUGUCUUAUAUCAAGAUUAUCUCUGCCAUCUUGAAGAUUCGAUCCACAGAAGGAAGGAAGAAAGCCUUCCAAACCUGUGCAUCUCACCUCACCGUGGUUAUCCUCUGUUAUGGCAUGGCCAUUAUAACUUACAUUCAACCCAGAUCUAACCCCUCUGUGCUUCAGGAGAAGUUGAUUUCUCUCUUUUAUGCCAUUCUAACACCCAUGCUGAACCCCAUAAUCUACAGUCUACGGAAUAAAGAAGUGAAGGGUGCCUGGCAAAAAUUGUUGGGAAAGUUGUCUGGGUUAAGAUCUAAACUGGAAAAUUGA